AAGUCUUGACAACAACAACUUUCAUGGGGAUAUCCCUCUUAGCCUCUUUACCAUCACCGGAAUCUCUGACUUAUAUUUAAGUGACAACCGGCUAGGAGGAAGCCUGCCUAGCCCACUAGUAACAGGAUCCCUCAGCACGUUGCAGCUUCAAGGGAAUGGAUUCUCGGGCCCUCUUCCUGAUUUCACUCUAUGGAACACGUCUCUCGUAUACUUGCUUUUACAAGACAACAACUUUACAGGGCCGAUUCCGCAAUCAAUCAGUACAAUGACGUCACUUAACAUGAUCUCCUUGGCCAACAACCAGCUCUCAGGGACCGUACCUGCAUCUCUUACGACCCUCACCAAUCUUGCAGCCAUAGACCUGGCGGGCAACAGCAUUUCAGGACCCUUACCCACCGGCCUUGGGAACCUCUUCAACCUUAUUACCCUGUCCUUAUAUGACAAUCAGCUCACGGGGGUUCUCCCUCCUUCCAUGUGCAACCUCACCAAGCUAGAACGGCUGUUUCUUCGCAACAACCAUUUCUAUGGAAACUUCCCGUCCUGCUUCUUUGAAUACUGCUUGCACAAGAUUGACAUCAGCAACAACAGCUUCUACGGCCCCAUCAACAGCAACUUCCGCAGCAUGAUUCCUGACAACGGCGCUCUGCUCAACAUCGCAGGCAACUUCUUCUAUGGCGACCCCAUGCUCUACGCCGAUGGCUGCCAGUUCUGCCCCUCGGGGGUCAUCCAGCCCCUUGUCUUGACACCAGCAGACCUAAUCUACACUUCUGGUGGCCGCUGUGUCCCCGGAGGGGCAGGAGGAUAUGUUGAGAUGACACGUGCAGGGGCUAACAAGAAGGGCGAGGCGAGCCUUCGGCGAAACUGUUUCACGCUGAGCAAGCAGAUGGAGUGCACGGCGAACGAGACGCAGCGCAGCAGCGACGAGUGCCUGGCAUUCUGCAGCAUGUCGCGGGAGCUGGGGCCGUGCGACGGGCACGGAGCGUGUGUGCCGCCGCAGGCGGGGGCAGCAGAGGCGCGCUUCACGUGUGAGUGCGACGACGGCUUCGUCCCCACCAACGGCUCCCUCGGCUCCACCUGCGCCCGCCCUGCUCCGCCCCCUGCUGCAGCGCUCUCCACGGGUGCAGUGGUGGGCAUCGCUGUGGGCUCUGCUGCUGCCUUUGCUCUCCUCCUCGCUCUCAUUGUCGCGCUGCUCUGGCCCCGCAAACGCAGUGAGAUUCUCCUCAUCUCCUCUCUUUCCAACUAUCCAUCCAUCAGUCAAAAUCACACCAAACAAAAUUCUGUGCGGACGAUGGCGUCGCUGCGGCAUGAGCACGUGGUGCGCCUGUUGGGCUUCUGCCUGCAUCACAAUGUGGAGAGCGGCCAGCAGGAGCAGAUCCUCGUCUACGAGUUCGUGCCCAACGGGGACCUCAAGUUCCACAUCCACGAUUCAAAGAUCGGCACCCCGGGCUACCUCGACCCCGACUACAACCGCACGCAAGUCGUCUCCGACAAGAGCGAUGUCUACAGUGAAGCAAGCUGUGCUGCAAAUCAAACUCCUCGUUCCUCUCUCUCCCAUGCCCUUUCGUCACACAGUCCUUUUUUUCUAGAAGGUGCCAUGGAUAUUGUCCCCUCGCACUUCCUUGUGCCUUUUCUUCUAUUUUCUCCCCAAAACCCGUCCAACCAUAUGCGUUGGAGCAGUUUUGGCGUGGUGCUGCUGGAGCUGCUGACAAGGCAGAAGGCAGCCGUGGAGGGCACCGAUAGCCACAUCAGUGACUGGGCGGCACGCAAGGUGCAGGUGUACGAGUUGGGGGAGCUGAAGGACGCGGGGCUGGAGGCGCCGGACGAGGUGGUGGUGGAGCUGGCAGACAUCGCGCUGGACUGCCUCAAGAUGCCCGCCUCGCGCCGCCCCAACAUGAAGGACGUUGCCCGCCGCCUCCAGAACCUCCUCUCGCUCUACUGCAGCGAUGGCGACCACUCUGCCGCUGUAGAGCCCAGUUUGAGAAUGGGAGGGGGUGUGAGGGGUGAGGGCGGCAGCACGGACACGUUUGGGAGGAGCGAGUGGUCGGAGGCAAUGAGUGGAACAUCUGCUGCUUCCAAGAGCCUCGUCCAUUCGCUGUCGGAGAAGUGGCGGAUGAUUGAGUAG